AUGUCAUACUACCACCCGCAGCAGCCGUACGGCGCGCCACCGCCGCCGCACCCGCAGUUCCAGCACCUCCCCCCACCUCCGCCAGCAGGCAGCCUCCCGCCGCCGCCAGCCGGCGUGGUGGGCUUCGCGAGCCCGCACAUGGCGCCCGCGGCACCGUACCCAGGCUACGCUGGCGCGCCGUCGCCCCAGCCAUACCCGCACACGGCGGCGGCGCCAUACCCACAGCAAGUAGGAGGCUUGCAGCCCGCGCCCCAGCCGUAUCCGUACGCCGCGCCGGCGUCGCCUUACGCGCAGCCCGUCACCUCGCCCCAGGCCUACCCGCAGCCAGCGGCCACCCCGCAGCCUCCACCAGCAUCAGCGUACGCGCCCGCCCCGCCAGUGGCAGCGGCAGCGGCAUCCCCAGCACCGGCGCCGUCGCCGCCCGGUUUCUACCGCGUAGAGAACGUGCCGGCCUCCGAAGUGCCCAACCGGCCGACACGCUACGACAUCCCGGCCACCGCGAGCUCCGUGCCGCCCGCGCACCCGCCGUACGAGAGCGUGUCGAGCGUGCUCUUCGGACAGCAGGGGCAGGCGCUCCCGCCGUGGCCGUACGCGAGCGCGCCGUACGCCGUGCCCUCCUCGAGCUCGGCGACAUCGCCCGCCCCGCCCUCAGCAGCGUCACACGCGCCAAUCGCCGCGAUCCCGUCCGAGGCAAACCUCGCCGUCGCGAACGGCGCGCCGCCAAACACCGUGCACCAGGACCUGCCUACCUUCGAGGACCACCUGCACGCGCUCGCGCUGGCGUCGAGCGAGCGCCCGGCGCGGAGACGCGCGCCGGCCGUCCCGCCGCCGGCGGUGCCGCCCUCGCGGCCGAUGACCAUGUCCCCGCCUGUGCCAGGCAUCGCGUACGCCUUCUCCCCGCCCGUGCCGGCCGUGUCGCCUGCGUACGCCGUGUCGCCUGCGCCGGUAGUGUCGCCUGCGUACGCUGUGUCGCCCCCGCCGCCUGCGCCCGUUGGGUACGCGUACACGCGGCCUGGGGCUGUUGGUGGGCCGCGGGUGCCUGGCGGGCCACGAUGA